CACCCUUCCCCUAUCUUACCCGAAUUCCUCUCGGUAUAUUACACUUAACCAGAGCAUAUAUUAAGUACAACCAAGUUUUUAAGAAUUGGUUGAAGUGGAGAAUUCUUUUAUUGAAUUCGGGACUUCUCGUUUAUCACAUCACAAGAGCGUUUUAUCGGCCCUUGAUAUCGGUUCUUUCUAUUUGACUCUUUUUAUAAUCACUUUCUAGAACACGCCUCCAUUCUUUUCCGUAUCCUUUUAGAGUUUCUUUCGUUCUCUUCUCGUUACUUUUUUGUUUCUUGUCCAUUAUUCCAUAAUUGUACAAUAUGACUGCCGGAUUUACUGCCACUGGACACACCAGCAUGCAUGCUGUUCCCAUCCCUCACAGCGAAACAUACAAAAAUGCACAACUCGCACGUGAGUAUGUCCUUGCCAACGUUCCUGGUGAGUUGGCAAAGCCUCGAGUUGCCGUUGUUUGUGGUAGCGGGCUCGGUUCGCUUGCUGAGAACCUUUUUGGCCCAAAAUUUGUGAUCCCGUAUUCGGAUAUUCCUGGCUUUGUUGCUUGUCAUAUUCCUGGUCAUGCAUCGCGUCUCAUUUUUGCCUUUAUCGGUGAGAACAAGGUGCCCUGCAUGAUUUUUGCUGGUCGUUUCCAUUCGUACGAAGGCCAUGCACUCGACGUUGUUACCUUUCCUCAACGCUUUAUGAAAAUUAUGGGAGUCGAGGUGAUGAUUGCUACUAAUGCCGCUGGCGGUUUGAAUUCGAAUUACAAGGUGGGUGAGCUUAUGAUUAUCAAAGACCAUAUUAACUUCCCUGGUCUCGCUGGUCUCAACCCUCUCAAGGGGCCUAAUUUGGACGAUUUUGGCACUCGUUUCCCCCCUCUCAGUGAUGCUUACGAUCUUGAACUACGUAAGCUCGUGUAUAAGGCUGCCACUGAACGUGAUGUUCAUCGCACGAUUAAUGAAGGCUGCUAUGCCUUUGUUUCGGGACCCAGUUUUGAGACACGUGCUGAGGCUCGGAUGCUGAAGCUUUUGGGCGCUGAUUGUGUGGGCAUGUCCACUGUGCCUGAGGUUAUCGUUGCUCGUCACUGUGGUAUCCGUGUGUUGGCCAUUUCCUUAGUUACGAAUAAUGUCGUUACUGAAGAAAGCCCUUCUGCCCUUAGCACUCCGGACGCCGAUACCUCUAUUAUGUCUAAAGGAGCUGCAAACCACAAAGAAGUGUUAGAAGCCGGUUUGGCUGCUGCCGAGGAUAUGCGUAUCCUUGUCACGACAGUCAUCAACCACUUGUAGAACGGUACCGCUACGGCAGUGCUUGAUUGAUUUAUGUAUUGUGUAAUCGUUAUUUGACUAGAAAUUUUUAUUCCUCUAUUUGCUUGUAAUAAUUACUUUUGGUCACUAACAAAUAAUCCAUCGUUACUAAACAUAA